UUAUUCCAGUAACAUAAAAAAACGAACAAAAUAUCUACAAAAAACUCAAAUCUCACAAAAAUAUCGGGAUUUACUUCGAAUUUCAGGAAACAGAUAACACGAACCCGAUUGCCAAAGAUCAAGAGAUAAGAACAUGAUAAGAACACUUUCUUCCGCUUCUUCCCUUGAUGAGAUAAGUGUCAGCUAUGAUGUCCCUGUGGUGGAUCCCACGUCGGUGCCAAAGGUGUUGUACGGCCACAGGACUUCUCUGGACUCCCUCUGCGACCCCGAGUGGAGCCAGGAGUCCCGGGUGCUGGUUCUGUAUACCGGGGGAACCAUCGGCAUGGUGCGCAAUGACAGAGGCAAGUUAGCCCCGAUUCCCCGCGAGUUGGAGACGAAUAUCCGCCGGUAUCCGCACAUGCACGACGACUCCUAUGCUACUAAGAGGUUCGGGUGCAACGGGAACACGCCGUUGGUGCUGCCGGACUGCAAAGAGAAGCGGCGAGUGGCUUAUUGGGUCUACGAAUACGAACCGCUUCUCGACUCCUCGAAUAUGACGAUGGACGACUGGAUCCGAAUCGCCAAGGACAUAAGGGGUGUAUACGAGAUGUUCGACGGCUUCGUUGUCCUCCACGGGACCGACACCCUCGCCUACACAGCCUCGGCCUUGUCCUUCAUGCUGGAAAAUCUCGGAAAACCUGUUGUUAUUACAGGAUCUCAGAUCCCCAUCUUCGAGACCAGGAGCGACGGCCGAGACAACUUCAUCGGCUCCGUCAUCAUGGCCGGAAGUUACAACAUCCCCGAAGUGACUGUGUUCUUCAACAACAAGCUGUAUCGCGGGAACAGAACGACCAAGGUGUCCACGGGCAGACUGCAGGCUUUCGACUCGCCCAAUAUGCCUCCUCUGGCGAUUGCUGGCAUCUCUAUCCAAGUUGACUACCGUUCGAUCUUCCGCCCGACUCGCCUGGAGAAGUUCACCGUGUUCGACCGCCUGAACCGCCACGUCGGGUUGCUGAGGAUCUUCCCGUCCAUAUCAGCUGAGACGGUGAAGCAGUUCCUCCAGCCGCCCAUCUCGGGAGCCAUCAUACAGACGUACGGAGCGGGGAACAUGCCCUCGAACCGGACGGAUAUUAUGGAGGUACUCAGGGAUGCAACAAAACGAGGUGUGAUUCUCGUCAACACCACCCAGUGUAUGCAUGGAGCUGUUGACACGAUCUAUGAAACGGGUGAGGCUCUCGUAAGCGCCGGGGUCAUAGCAGGUCUGGACAUGACCCCAGAGGCCGCCUUGACCAAGCUGAGCUACGUGCUGGCCAAGUCAGACUGGGACUACGACACCAAAAAGAGGAUGAUGAUGAGGAAUCUCCGCGGCGAAAUGACCGUGGUUGGCCAGGAGGACGAGGGCGAGAACCAAGAACUGGACGUGGUGUCGGCCAUUUCCCGCGCCCUGCAACUCUCCUCCAGCGAUGACGUGGAGCGCAUCCGGGACCUGCUCGUGCCCACGCUCUUCUUCACGGCCGUGUCCAACUGCGAUAUCAAGAGACUGGAGGAAAUCUUCUCCAAUUCAACAGCAUACGGCGCAGAGGUUAAUCUCCUUGAUGUGUCUGGGUGGAGUGCCUUGCAUAUGGCGGCCUGUGACGGAAUAGCAGAAGUGGUGACCUGGCUGCUGCAACACGGGGCUUCUGUGCACGUUAGGGACAAGCAGGGACAGACGCCGUUGAAAAUUGCUGUGGAAAACGAUCAUCAUAAGGUAGUGGAGCUCCUAGUGCAGACAGGAGCUCACCUGACGGAGUCGCCGCUGCGCCUAGGGGAAGUCCUGGUCUCGGCCGCCGCAGCUGACAACGUGGAGCGCCUCAAAUCCUACCACAUCGCGGGCGCAGACCUCUCCUGCGCGGAUCCGUGUGGUCGAACUGCGCUCCAUGCGGCAUGUACGGUAGGCUCCGAAGAAUGCGUCCGGUUCCUCCUGGAGGCAGGCGUCCCCACGACCACCCGCGACCGCACUGACCUGACCCCGGCCAUGUGCGCUCAGGUCAACAACCACGACCACUUGGCGCGACUGAUUGACGAGCAGGAGGAGUAGUGUGCAAUUAGGAGUGUCUUGUGUACAUUGUAAUUGUGUACUUAUUUGUGCUAAUCAUGACACGCGCUUCCCGUUAUGGCUGUAAAUAGGUGUUGUUUAGUUGUUAUUUGCAAGAUGCUGUUUAUAAACGAAUUGCUGAAGGCUCGUUGUUAUAUUUUUAUGUGAUUUUCAUUAUUUAUUGUUCAUAUUUUGCUUUGCUUUUUGUACUUUGAUAUAUAUUUUUCUACUAGUAUAUUUUUUCUUAUGUAGAUUUUCACUGUCUUCUUUUUUUUAGAAUUCAAAUAGCAAAUACUGCGAUAUUAAAUUAUAGUUUGUAUUACGUUUCAUAGUAUUUCAUGCCCUUAAAGUUCUAUUUAAUUCCCCUUUUUACGAAAUUGUGUAUAUUUUUUCUAACAAAUUUUACCUAUAUAUUUGUAUUUGUCUAUUAGGUUUGCAUACAACUAGCAAGGCUCACACACGAAAGCUAUAUAAGGUUCUAUUUGCUAAUAAUAUCUGGGCAUAAUCCCACACAACACGAAACAAGGCUUAUUUCUCUACUGUUAAGAAGUCAAAAUAAUAAAAGAAUAAAUAGUUUUAAAGAAUGGACUUCAAAGUAAACUAUCUUAUUACUCGAGACAUACUGCUCGAGAAUGAAUUAAUGCUUUAGAAUCCUAAUAUAUAUUCCUCAGCACGGUUAUAAAGAUUUGAAUAUAAUUUUCCAUGCACAUAAUACUACUUGCAGAGGAUUCCUUCAUAAAAUCACUUCUUUUUUCCAUAUCAGAGGUUUCAUCUGAAUACAAAGAUGAUUAUCGAAAAAAGAACAUUGAAUCUUAAUUCUUAAUGUUGUCCAUAUUGUAAAAGUGCAAUAUUUACGUUUGUAGGUGUAUUUAUCCACAAUUAUUUGCAUUAUGGCAAUAAAUAUAGUAGUUGUAAGACCAUUUAUGCAGUCGAUUUCACUGGAUGCAUAACGUUUGACUAAGAAUUAAUAACUUUAAAAAGCAAUUAAGAGAUUUUGAGGUUGUAGAAUAUUUUUCGCUGGUAUAAUAUUAGAAAUUAAGAAGUUAAAUCUGAAACUCAGUAAAGUUAUUUACUCUUAUUCAUUUUUCUACAUCUAUCACAAUGAUAGUUCAAUAUUGCUGAAGCUACCCAUCAAUUUCCACGGAUUAAAAGCAUAAUAAGCACCCCAAGAAGCAUAUUAUUCACAUGAAUGGUUAUUACACUUGCCCGUGAUGUAACUAAUAUAUGUAUUGCUUAAUCAGCCUUGCCCAGUCUACAUUUUGUAUAAGUCGUUUCUAUUGAGUUGUGAUUUGAAAGAACACUGGAAGGUAAAGAGGUAGAGAUUGUAUGUUCCUUAUUUACAAGUUGAUUACUAUGUUUUGGUAACUUGACAUGACACUUCCAUGUAAAUACUCAACCACAGAUAGUGAGACAGAUAUAUAUGGAUUAGUGGAUACUCUCACACUGUAUAUACAUACAAGCAUAAACAUACAGCUAUAGUAAGCUGAUAUAUAGAUGCAUACAUACAUGUACAUACAUACAUAGCUGAUGAAUAAAUAGACAAAUAAAGAUAUUGUUAAACAUGCCCCUUGUUAAAUGUUUUGGUAGUGAGUGUGGGCUUAUUUUUAUGAUCAAUUAAAGUUUUUUAUUCAUUGUUUUCUUCAAUUAUAUAACUUAAUGAAAUAGGGUUACUUGAGGAUGAAUAACAAAAGUGAAAAAACUUCUACGUUACAUUUUAUUCAGUAUAAUAUUUUUCACAGUAUUUCCUCUUGUAUUGCAUCAGGAGUACAGUAGAUCAUAAAUUACAAUAGGUUUUCACUUUCUUUUUUCCUGCUCUGUGUAAUGUGGGAACUUGUUUAUGUCAGCAGAAUAGACACUUGUAAAUAAAAAUGUUAAUCCUUGAUAAUGACUAGUAAUGUUAUCCUUCAUCACAAUAAGAACAAUAUGUAAAAUGUUCACGUUUCGACUACCACAUUCCUUCCCAAGUACCUGAUUGAGAUUAAAUAUUAAAAAAAAAAUGAAAAUUGAUAUCUCAAAAUUACACAUAUAUUUUUAGAAUUUAUAUAUACACACAUGUCAGUCCUGUAUUCAUGAAGAAAUGUGGUUCGAAGCUAUUGCACUAUAUCAACAUCAGUUUCACAUGCGAAGUAUAACGGGGAAGUCCAUACAUACUAUAAACUAGCGCAGCUCUGUAUGCGUGAACUCAAAACACACAUACGUUCGUGUAGCAUCUGGAGUUAGCACGUAAAAAGCCCAUGGUCUCUUGAGCAACAUUGGAAGUAGAGAGUCGGGAUGAACACAUUAGUUAAGCGUGAGUUGUGAAUGGCUAUGUUAACAAUCGUUCUAAAA